AUGAAGUCAGAGUUAUUUAAAAAUAUAUUUAAUAACAUUUUUAUUAGAUCAAAUAUUUUCAAUCAGUUACAAAAUCAAUCAUAUGGUCCUAGAUAUGAAAGAUUCAAAUGGAUACAAUUAGUUAAUUCACCGAUUCUAUUGAUACAAUAUGACUAUUUCGAUCUUUUUGUACAACAUUGGGUCACCGUUGGUUGCAGUAACUAUCACUACAAACAAAUGAAAUUGAAAGACAAUUUGGAUAUAUUUAAUGAAGCAAUCAGAUGCAACCGAUUAAACUUUAUCAAGUGUUUCGUGGAACUCAAUUUAUUCGACCUUCCAAAGUAUUCAGCAGAAGUAAUAUAUAUGGCAAUGACAGAAAGAAAAAGAGAGAUUGCAGAUUAUCUAGUUUUGACAAGCAAAUCAGAUUUUAUUUGUAACUAUUCACCAUUGGAUCUGAUUGAUGCUUGCAUUUCAAACGAUAUUGAAACCGUCAAACUAUUGUCACCAAAGGUCAACAAUGAUCAUUACUAUGAAGCUAAUUCACCGUUGUUUCAAGCUGCUUUGAAUGGUAAUUUGGAGAUUUUAGAGUGGCUAUUGGACCAUAGAUUCGAUGAAGCCAACUUGUUAGGUAGAACUAGAUUGAUUGGCAUGACUUUUAACGAAGGACAAAUUCACGUACCUGAUUGGCUACUAUCGAAAGGCUACAUAUUUGAUAUAGAGUAUCAAUUUUCAGAACUAAAUAUAGAUUUCACUGUUAACUUGUAUCAAUGGUUGAGCACAACUAAACUAAAUAUCAUCUUUUCAUCACAAGAUAUUGAUUUUGCUGCACAAACAUCUUCACUCGAUACUAUAAAGUGGAUCAGUAAUCACAGUAAAGAAGAAUGUACAGAAAUGGCAAUGUAUAAAGCAAUCACGCACACCAAUUUCGAAGUUGCCAAAUGGUUACACGAAAACUAUACAGUUGGUGCAUUUGAGAUAGAUUACAUAGUCUCAGAGGAUGAGAAGAUAGCGCUAGAAAUGGUGAAAUGGUUUCAUGAAAAUAGAACAGAGGGAUUCAGUAGUAAUGUUAUGGAUUCAGUUGCUUCUAUAUCGUUGGACAUUGUUAAAUUCCUUCAUUUCAACAGAACUGAAGGAUGCUCCGAAUUGGCAAUGCUUAACGCUAUAAAGGCAGGUCACACAGAUACAUUUGAAUUUCUCAAAGAGAAUAGAACAGAAGGUGCUCCAAACGAUCUCAUUGAACAACUUUGUGCUGAUGGUAAUUUGGCGAUGAUUCAAUAUCUUCAUAAAACUGGAAAGCCAGAUGAAUAUCAAUGGCCUCAAGAUGCAUUCGAAUCGGCUGCUAGAAAUUCACAUCUCGAUUUGAUAAAGUGGAUUCAUCAGAAUACUUCUCAUCGUUGCUCAAAUGAAUCGUUUAAUUGGGCAUUGUUAAAUGGAGAUUUUGAAAUGGUUCAAUAUCUCAUCAAUAACAAACUUUGUUCAAAUGAUUUGGAAUCGAUAAUGAUUUCUCAUAUAAGUUCUCAUUAUUCCAAAAUUGCAGUAUCAGACUGGUUAUUGAAACAAAAUAUAUUUGAUCAUGCCAAACUUAUUGAAUGUGCCAAUCAAAAUUAUGAGGAACUAAUAGGCGCAUUCUUCAAAGAUUAUAAUAUUUUUAUUACAGAUAUUUGA